GGUGCUGCUGAUUUGGCCGCAACUGAGCAGAACAUCAUCAGUGAUAACACAUAUGAGUUGAGGUUGAAUUUGUAAGUAAAAGCCUUAAACUACAAAUUGAACUCGUUGUUUUAGACCAAGAGACAAAUGUUUUGCCUCUCACUCCUUCUCACGUUGCCCUUGCUGUCCUCCACUGAUGGAGGAAAACUACCGACCGCUGUAAAUCAAACAACCCGGGUGAUGAGAAAAGUUUCCAGGAGAGAAACGCCAACUUUGCCGCCGCCAUACCUCCACCUCCCCGUCUUUGUGGACUCGAGGCUGCCGUUGGUGGACAAGGAGCACUUCUCUCCGGCCAAAGGCACCGGAGAGGAGCCUUUACCCGCGUCCAUCCGGGAAAUCUUGCUCCCAAGCCGAACCAACACGAGUCCGCCCAGCGUUUCGGGUGUUUCCGUACAGACGUCGUGCAAGCUGAAAAAAAUGCUGGUGCAGGUAGACAAGAGCGUUUUGGGCACCGGCGAACCGUACUCCCAGGUCAAACUGGGGACAUGCCAAGCCAGUAAAUCCACGACAGACCGCCUUUAUUUUGAAUAUGACCUCGAAAUGUGUGGAACAAAACGUACGGUAAGUAAUAACCAGGUGACCUAUUCAAACACACUACAGUAUGACCCACCAAGACUCCAAGGACCAAUCAGGCGAGCUGCACCCUUCACCCUGCCUGUUGUAUGUUAUUAUAACAGGUACCAAUACUCCUACAAAAUUGGCUACACACCAAAGAUGCAGAUGCGCAAGAUCUUCAAACCAAUGAAGAACAGAGCAAAAUUCAUUCUGACUGCAAGAAAUGCCCAGUGGGAAAGGCUUUCUCUGUCAGAUCAGUACGUGUUGGGGAAGCCCAUGUACUUUGAGGCCGAGGCUACGUCCGCGUCCGAAGAUGAAAGACUUUACGUCCACUUGUGUUACGUGACUCCCGAGAAGUCCCACACCUCCACGCCUCAGUUUCCAGUGGUGACAAACUUUGGGUGUAUGGUCGAAAGCAAGGACAGUCGCUCCAGAUUCAUCCCAUACAAAACCAAUGCUGUGCGAUUCUCUGUGGAUGGUUUCUUGUUCAAGGGAAUGACAGGCCAGCAGCUCUACAUGCACUGCAGCAUGUCUCUGGGCGGUUCUGCCCCAACACUCACAGCCAAGUCCUGCAACUACGACACAAAAGCGAGAAGAUGGGUUGAAUUGUAUGGAUCAGACUCGGUGUGCACCUGCUGUGACUCCAGCUGCACGUCUGCCGCAUCCACAGAGACCAAAAUAAUCAGCAGCAGACCGUGGACAAUAGAGCCUAAAGUGAAACCAACUACAGCCCCGAAGAGAAGGAUCGUCUCCACUACAACAACAUCAACAACAACGACAACAGCACAACCACAGACUCCCAGAGAGAUGACUGAAUGGAUGACGACUUCGCAACCCAAAGAGACACCAGUGACUCCAGCGGGUAAGGUGGGGAGCACUCUGAAGGAGUUGGAGUGGCCAUUCGGAGGUGGAGGAGUGACGUGGUUUGAGGCGGAAGGUGAGGAGAAGCAGGUGAAGGGCUCUGCUGUUGUGGAGGCAGAGGAAGCCACGAUACCUCGCACAAUAUUUGAAGAAAUCUUUGAUUUUGACAAAUAAAGCUGACGUUUACAGUGU